AUGUUACCCUUAAAACUCUUCGAUUUUAGGUUAAAUCUGAUGGUACAAAAAGCAAUGUCUGAUUCACCCGACACAACUCCGGAUUUUCAUGUUUCAAGAAAAAUAAAGAAGCCUUUAAUGGAAAAAAUGAGGAGAACACGAAUAAAUAAAUGCUUGGAUAGAUUAAAAGAUAUUUUGUUGGAAAUCACCCCACGGCAAGGAACGAAACUGGAAAAGGCAGACAUCCUUGAAUGGACAGUGGAAUUUGUACGACGCGCUCAUCAAGCAAAAAUAUUGGGAAUCGUUGAUCGUGACUUGGUACCACUCUGCAGCAAGUGGUAUUCAGAGGGUUUCUCGAUGGCUACUGCUGUUUGUGGGCAUUAUUUAGAGACAAGGAAUGGCCUUUUUCCAACCGCAUUUUUAGCCCAUCAAUUCAAAGUUGAACUUCUACAAUAUCUGCAAUCACAACAACAAUCAAUUAUCUCUAGUUGUUUGACUAAUCAAUCAACAGAGCAGGUACCUUGUACUAAUCAGCUGCAAUCUCAGCCUUCAGUGCUUUUAUAUAAUAGAUUUCCGAUGGCACCGGUGAAAUUACAUCAAUACAGCGGUCAAAUGUUACCGCCUGAUCCACAAACAUUUAUGGUGCAACAAUGUCACUUAUCAUGUGAACCGACUAUUAUGGAGCAUUCAUUAAACGUAGGCACUAAAAAAGAAAAGGAAAUUAAAGCGAUCAAAGACGGAACCUCAUCAGUUGUUUCAAAGGGAAAUAUAAGUGAAGUUGGGAAAAUCUCUUCUGUUUCCGAAAGUGAACAAACAAAUUUAACGUCAUCGAAACGCUUUGUUAAUCCCAAUUCAAGCGUUUCAAAGCAUAAUUUGUUGGAUUUAACACCGGAAAAUUCGAAAAUUUUCAAUAAGAACAUAGGCAUCGAUAUACCUAAACAAUGUUCACUUUGGCGUCCAUUUUGA